GUAACGCGUCCAGUAGCUGCUUCUCCAACCGCCAGAAAACACUGGAGAAGAAAAAGCCGCUGCUCGCCUGAGCCGCUUUAGCCCCUCGAGUUAUAAAAAUAAAAACGCGUUAUUGUGUCUGGCUCUGAGGAUUUAAAACCCUGAGCUGUGUGAGGACAUGAAGACAGAGACAUCCAUGGAUGGAGAGACCUCAGAAGCCUGUGUGAAGAAAGAGGAGACAUUGGAGCUGAAUGUCUACAGCUAUGGAGACGAUCUCGACAACCCACCUGAAGGUCUCGCCGUUAAAGUGGAAGAUCCUGACGAUAAAGACUAUCUCUACUGUGAAGUUUGCAAAUCCUUCUUCCUCAACAAAUGCGAGGUUCAUGGACCACCCCUCUUCAUCCCUGAUACUCCUGUUCCCAUGGGAGUCCCUGACCGAGCCAGACAAACACUUCCUCCUGGGCUAGAAAUCCAGAAGUCCAGUAUUCCUGAUGCAGGCCUGGGAGUGUUUAAUAAGGGGGAGACUGUUCCAGUAGGUGCACACUUCGGCCCCUGCCAGGGAGAGCUGGUGAACCGAGAGGAAGCCAAGAACAGUGGGGACUCCUCAGUUGUAUACAGGAGCAUGCAGUGUGAAGAAUACAUCGAUGCCAAAAGAGAGACGCAUGUGAAUUGGAUGAGGUAUGUGAAUUGUGCCCGUAAUGAAGAAGAACAGAAUCUUGUGGCGUUUGAGUAUCAAGGGGGAAUUCUGUAUCGUUGCUGUCGAUCGAUUAACCCAGGACAGGAGCUCUUGGUGUGGUAUGAAGAGGAGUACACCAAAGAACUUAGUCCUGCACCUACAGGAACAACCACACAGCAAGAAGUAAAGAACGCUCUGCUGCAAGUCUUUUCAUGCUCCACAUGCCCUCGUUCCGAUGCAUCUCAAAUUUACCUCGAGAAGCAUAUCCAGAGAUGCCACUAUGAAGAGUACGUGAGACUGCGAGAAUCAGGAGAGAUUAAAUAUAAGCUUCAGAUCCCCUCCAAAUGCUCCAGUUGUCAACCAACAUCAACUGAUAUUAUCCAUUCUGAUACUUCCCAUAAUGAUAUACAGAAGGAACUUCACCACUGCUCAGAUUGUGGAAAGAGUUUUCGUUAUCAGAAUGCACUCAAGACACACCAGCGCAUUCACACAGGAGGAGAUCCACAUCACUGCUCACAGUGUGGUAGGAAUUUUACUUACCAGAGUGCUCUCCAACAACACCAGCGCAUUCACACAGAAGAGAAGCCGUAUCACUGCUCACAGUGUGGGAAGAGUUUUACUCAGCAGAGUAAUCUCCAAACACACCAACGCAUUCACACAGGAGAGAAGCCGCAUCACUGCUCACAGUGUGGGAAGAGUUUUACUCGUCAGAGUCAUCUCCAACGACACCAGCGCAUUCACACAGGAGAGAAGCCAUAUCACUGCUCACAAUGUGGAAAGAGUUUUACGAGUCAGAGUGCUCUCCAAACACACCAGCGCAUUCACACAGGAGAGAAGCUUUAUCACUGCUCACAGUGUGGGAAGAGUUUUACUCAUCAGAGUGCUCUCCAAACACACCAGCGCAUUCACACAGGAGAGAAGCCGCAUCACUGCUCACAGUGUGGGAAGAGUUUUACUCAGCAGAGUCAUCUCCAAACACACCAGCGCAUUCACACAGGAGUGAAGCCGUAUCACUGCUCACAGUGUGAGAAGAGUUUUACUCGUCAGAGUCAUCUCCAACGACACCAGCGCAUUCACACAGGAGAGAAGCCGUAUCACUGCUCACAGUGUGGGAAGAGUUUUACUCGUCAGAGUCAUCUCCAGCGACACCAGCGCAUUCACACAGGAGAGAAGCUGUUUCACUGCUCACAGUGUGGGAAGAGUUUUACUAGUCAGAGUGAUCUCCAAACACACCAGCGCAUUCACACAGGAGAGAAGCCGUUUCACUGCUCACAGUGUGGGAAGAGUUUUACUCAGCAGAGUCAUCUCCAAACACACCAGCGCAUUCACACAGGAGAGAAGCCGUAUCACUGCUCACAGUGUGGGAAGAGUUUUACUAGUCAGAGUCAUCUCCAAACACACCAGCGCAUUCACACAGGAGAGAAGCCGUAUCACUGCUCACAGUGUGGGAAGAGUUUUACUCAGCAGUGUGCUCUCCAAACACACCAGCGCAUUCACACAGGAGAGAAGCCGUAUCACUGCUCACAGUGUGGGAAGAGUUUUACUCAGCAGUGUGAUCUCCAAACACACCAGCGCAUUCACACAGGAGAGAAGCCGUAUCACUGCUCACAGUGUGGGAAGAGUUUUACUCACCAGAGUAAUCUCCAAACACACCAGCGCAUUCACACAGGAGAGAAGCCGUAUCACUGCUCACGGUGUGGGAAGAGUUUUACUCAGCAGUGUGCUCUCCAAACACACCAGCGCAUUCACACAGGAGAGAAGCCGUAUCACUGCUCACAGUGUGGGAAGAGUUUUACUCACCAGAGUAAUCUCCAAACACACCAGCGCAUUCACACAGGAGAGAAGCCGUAUCGCUGCUCUCAGUGUGGGAAGAGUUUUACUCACCAGAGUAAUCUCCAAACACACCAGCGCAUUCACACAGGAGAGAAGCCGUAUCACUGCUCACAGUGUGGAAAGAGUUUUACUCGUCAGUGUGAUCUCCAAACACACCAGCGCAUUCACUCAGGAUAGAAGCCGCAUCACUGCUCACAGUGUGGAAAGAUGUUUGCUUGUUUAGUUACAUUUAAGACCUUCAAGUGCACCAAGUCAGAGACACUGCAUGAUUUAAAGUUGUCAAAUUAAAUAUGGUUAUUACAGUUUUGACUGAAAAUGACCUGUACUUUGAACUUUAUUGUUCAUGUUACACUGGUCAACAAUUUUUCAGAAGUUGUCUGCUUCAGAGAUGAAAUUGGCUAUUAUGAAAUUUGGUGUGUUGAAUUAUAAGUGACAGUAAAUCAGCUGAUUGGCUAUGGCU